AUGGAGUCCUCGGUAGCCACACUGAAACCUCAUAGGCCUCAGUACUUGAGACUCGAUCCAACCCCAUAUGUCGACCCCACUCCCCCUACUCCGUUUGGCUCUCAGCCUCCAUCAAGAACGAGUUCUGCGCAUAGGUCUAAGGGACACGGCCUUGAGCCGUCUCCAACUCAGUCUGAUGCUGCCUACGACGAGCGGAGAUUCACAAGCGAAGAUGAGCAAGAAGGAAGCUCGCGGUCCGAAAUACAGAGCAUUAUGGAACAGUUCCCAGAAGAGGGCGGCGGACCAGAUGUGGAAGAAGUCAUGAGCCCCCGACUGGAAAUCGCAUCGCCAUUUUUGGCAAGUCCUUCGCCGCAGCAUCCGCCGAGGAAGUCGAGUCUAGAACCUCUAGCGCCCAGCAUCGCCCACCACAUCCAGGACCUGCAAGGACUGCGCAUCUCAACUUCCUCGCCUGUGGCAGCGAAGUCGACUGGGAAAGAGCUUGAGAUCGAGGACCACGGGCCUCCCGUGCCUCCGAAGGAUGGCCCGUCAGAGAAAUUGCCUGCCGAGUCGCAGAUGUCUCCCACACAGUCGAUUCACCGGCCACCACCUCCAGAACCCGAACCAGAGCCAACCUUGCCAUUUGACUUUCACCGAUUCCUCGAGCAAUUGAAAAAUAAAAAGGCCGACCCGGUUGCCAGGUAUCUCAAGUCAUUCCUAUCCGAAUUCGCCAAAAGGCAAUGGAUGGUGCAUGAGCAAGUAAAGAUCAUCAGUGAUUUCCUAGCUUUCAUUGCGAAUAAAAUGGCACAAUGCGAGGUGUGGAGAGAUGUAUCAGAUGCCGAAUUCGACAACGCUCGAGAAGGCAUGGAGAAACUGGUCAUGAACCGCUUGUACACGCAAACCUUUUCGCCCGCGAUUCCACCGCCGCAACCCAUCUCAGGAGCCAAGUUCAGACGCAAGGAUGCCGAGAAACUGAUGGGACCUGGCCGGCGAGGGCAGCACCAGGAAGAUGUAGAAAGAGACGAUGUACUGGCCCAAAAGAUCAAUAUCUACGGUUGGGUCCGAGAAGAGCACCUGGAUAUUCCGGCAGUCAGUGAAAGCGGAAAACGCUUCCUCACCCUGGCGCAACAAGAACUACUGAAAAUUCGGUCUUACAGGGCCCCCAGAGACAAGAUCAUAUGCGUCUUGAAUUGCUGCAAAGUAAUUUUCGGACUUCUGAAAAAUGCCAAAUCCGACACAUCGGCAGAUUCGUUCAUGCCACUCCUCAUAUACGUCGUUUUGCAGUCCAAUCCAGCCCAUUUAGUUUCAAAUGUGCAAUACAUUCUGCGAUUCCGCAAUCAAGAAAAACUUGGUGGAGAAGCUGGUUACUACCUUUCAUCCCUUAUGGGAGCAAUUCAAUUCAUUGAGAACAUGGACCGCACGACUCUUACGAUUACAGACGAAGAGUUUGAGCAUAACGUAGAGGCAGCGGUAUCCGCCAUCGCAGAGAAGCACCGCACUGAGGAAACACCACAUGAGCCUCAACAGUCGGAGAAAACAGGUCUGCAUCCACCAACCGGCGAAUCCUCCUCUACCCGCACAUCGUUGGACAUGGACAAUGCAGGAACCCCGCGGAGGUCCAUGUCUUCGGACCCAGGUGAAGAAGGAGCCGCCAUAUCGGGACUGCUGCGCUCGAUCCAGAAACCGCUUUCAACCAUUGGUCGCAUGUUCUCAGACGACAUGGGUGCUGCAGGGCCAAGUAUGCUUGCUCGCACUCCGCAGCCGGAGACCUCGCGUCUCAGCCCACGGCCCAGUAAUGAUCGGCGGCCACCUGUAGACAUUCGAAAGAACUUUUCCGCCGAAGACUUAGCCGCGAGACAAGCGAGUGCUGAGGCAGCCGAGGCACAGAGACUCCACAGGGCAGAGCAUAACAAUGUCGUGGAGACCCUUGCGGGCAUGUUCCCUGACCUGGACAGAGACAUCAUUAGUGAUGUGGUUUACCAGAAGGAGGGAAGAGUUGGCCUUGCUGUGGAUGCCUGUCUGGCAUUGGGUUCAUAA